UAUAAAUAUCAACUGUCUCCACCACUCUCUCCUCCUUUCCGCCAUUAAAAAUUGAACUUUGAAGCUGUGAAGUUUCAUUUUCAGAACUUUUUGUUGUGUGAUUUUUCUGUUGGAUUUUGAGAUGGGGGAAGACACGAAGGAGUGUGAGUUUUGGCUACCUCCGGAGUUUCUGACCGGCGAUGGCGUUUUUACGUGUUUUAAGAGUGACAGUAAAGGAGAGGGAAAGGAAAGGAAGAGGUACUUUGGGUGUGAUUUUCAGAACGAGUUUUCAUAUGGGUUUAACAUGUUUGGUCCACAAUCGGAUCUGAGUUCGCCGGUGGAGUCGAUUGUUGGGUCGACGGAGACGGAGAGUGAUGAGGAAGACUAUAUCACCGAGUUAACUCGCCAAAUGGCUCACUCUACUCUUGAAAACCAAAAGGUUUAUGGUUUGUCAAGUUCGCCUCAGUCAACUUUAUGUGGUGUGCUUGGGUCUAAACAGGGCUCAAACAGUGAAAGCCCAAACAGCCCUUUUCAGGUUUGUUCUCCAACGGAAGCGCAGAGCAGAAGGGGGACUGUGGAUUUGCUUUAUGCUGCUGUUGGUGAGGUUGCAAGAAUGAAGAAGAUGGAGGAAGAGGUUGGAAUAUGGGCUCCCCCCAGGAAGACAAGUCCAGUCUAUGUAGACCCAAAAAUGUCCAAUCUAAAUCUUGGCUCAUUCUACUCUAAUCAGCCACCACUCUCUUACCAGCAGUUUAAAAUGGCUCAAUUUCAGCGUUUGAAGCAACAACAGAUAAUGAAGCAAAGGCAAGCAGUUUUGGGUCAGGAAAAAGAAGGAUUUUGGCAGUACCGGUUGACCCAGAACCACCAACAGAGUAUUCAGGAGAGAGACAGAAAUGGAGGUGAUAGGCCUUUGAACAUGGCAAUGUCUGUUUGGCCGACUCUGCAACAAUCUCACCACCACCAUCAGCAGAAACAGCCUCCACCGCCGCCGCCUCAGUCUGGCUCCGGCAUGCGUGCUGUUAUCCUGGGGAAUCCUGGACCCAAGCGAGAAUGUGCUGGAACUGGGGUCUUCAUUCCCAGAAGAGUUGGAACUCCAACUGAAACUCGCAAAAAGCCAGGUUGUUCAACAGUUCUUCUGCCAGACAGGGUGGUCCAGGCCCUGAAUCUGAAUUUGCAGCCUCAGGUUCAACCCAGAUGUAAUAAUGGUCGGGUUUUGAAGUAUCGGAAUAAUAAUGUGGGAGAUCAACAAUGGCUGAAUUUGAGAAGUCAGCCCCCGGUGGCAGCAAUGUCCCAAGAACUCCAGCUUCCUAAGGAGUGGACUUACUGACCCAGAAAGAAGAAAAACAUGUCUCUUAGUUUUUGAUAGUGGAGAUUUUGGGAAGAAGAUUGUUUUGUUUAAGCUGCAAAAGGAAUGGGUUUUGGGGGUUAGUAAUAGGGUUUAAGAUUACACUAAUUUCAUAGUGUUCAAGGUAAGAAGAAGAAUUAUUUAGGGGUAGUAGCAGACAAGGCUCUAGAUUCAAGAAGGAAAAAAAAGGGUUAGUAGAUUUUUAGGUUCUGUUUUGUUUGGAUUAAGAUUAGAUUAUACUAAGCUAGUAUAUGACAAAAAUAAACUUGUUUUAGUCCAUCAAGAAAUGGGGAGAAAGUGGACUCUGUGUGUCUUGUUUUGGGCGUGGAGUACUGGAAAUACAGUCUUCCUUUCUCUACUGGUUUAUCAGCAAAUGUAAUGGGAGUCUAUCAAUAAUUAUAUACCAUUUAGCCUUAUGUUUUAUGUCAA